UGGGCUGGCUUAGUAAACAAAGAUGAGUGGUAAAGUUGAUUGGUUUGAGGACGUAGAAGGAAGAAAGACUGCGGAGGCUUGUGUAUAUAUAUGAUUUGGUAGUGUCAGUUAUGACGACAAUCGCCCGUCAGUUCUCAGAACUGUACGAGUCGUAUAGGCAAUGGGUUUGCAACAAUCCACAAGUCGCAGGUGAUGUUGAAUCGACUGUCAAAUGGGUUUCGUAUUUUGUAGCAGGCAGAAUCAGCCACUCCAGUGUACUUUCUGAACUGAUAUACUCUGUGUCGAACUUACUGGUGCUUUUCAAUGACCGUAUCAUUCAUAAUUCGACAUGUAAGAUUAAAGGGGGACCUGCAGACAGGUUGAAGAUAUGGCUUACAGUCAUAGAAUAUUCAGAGGUUUUUAUUGAAGUAGCGGCAAGACGCCGUUGGGGAUCAAGAGGAAAAUGGACAGUGGCUGUCAUUCUGCAGCUUAUAAAAUGUGCUGCUAAACUGCAUCUCCUCUUUAAUUAUAAAGAACAUGUGAUACAAAAUCCACCAGUUCCUCCUGUAAGACAUAAAACCAUUGAAGAGGAGAAAAUUAGGAAAGAAGAAAAGUGGAAACUGGAGUCAAUGUCUUUUGCUCUGAAAAGGUCAGGGAGGCUUAUAAGGAAGGUUCAGGGCGCUCCUCCAAUUCAUUUGAGAGACUGGAAGCCACUUAAAUCAGUGCCAGAGAAUGGGAUAUAUGAACAGAAUAGCCACAGUAUUAGAGAAGGUCUGAAGAAGGAGACAGUAAUAGCAGAGGUUUUGUAUAUUGUUAAGCCUCUGAUGCACCUUUACGCAAUGUGGCGCCAUGGGCCCAAAUCCUGGAAACCAUGGCUCAUUUCACUGCUUGUUGAUGUUGUCAGCUUGUGUGCCUACAGGAAGACAGUGCACAAACUUACAAGACAGCAGCGCAUGGAGGUGUCACGCCGUGCCUUUGCUCUCGUCCUGUACAUAUUACGCUCACCUUUUUAUGAGGCUCACAGCCGGGAUCGUAUACAAUCUUUCCUGCAUGCAAUGUCAGAGACAGUUCCUCUGACAGGCAUCUUGUGCAGACCUCUUGCACAGUACCUUCCUGUUUGGCAGGAUACAUAUUUCUAUGUGUGGUCCUCAUAGGUGGUGUUUCUUGUGGUGUGAUCUUAUUUUGUGUGAUUAUUUCAGACUGUAUGUGGUGGUUAUUGUUACGGGGUAUUAUGGGCUCUUACUAAUAAGCCAGUGAGUGAUUGUGAAUGUACAUCGCACUGCAAAAAGUAAUUUGUUUUAUACUAUCUUUUAUACUAGAAAUAUAUUUAGCAACAAUUCAGUAGAAAGAUCUAAAGUAACUAUAUAGACUGUUACUAGUUUAAAGACCAUUACUACUUAAAUUGCUCGACUGUGAUAAAUAUAAACCCCAGACAUUUAUUUGUUGAGCAUAGUUCUUUUUCUACUGUCAUGUUUGACCAUUUUUAUUUUGUAGUCCAAAUUUGUAAUA